AUGGAAAAGAUUGAUAUUGUAUCAAAGAAGAAGGAAACUCUGAACAAGAGAUCAUCUAUCUCAUCAGACUGAAGUGCUGAAACUGACUCUAGUGAAAAGACAAACCCUAAUGUGAAGAAUAAAGCUUCUUGGGGAGAAAUCUUUAUGUUUACACACGUUCUGAUUUAUGUAGGAAUAGUCUAUGCUUCUUACUAUUACAUGAAUAAAAACAUCCAUAUCAUCUUGUGGAUGUUCUAUGUGGCUGUUCCUUUCAUUGACAUGGUUUUCCCACAAGAUACUAAGAAUUUAACAAGCGCCGUUUCGAAAGAAUAUGAAAAAGACAAAAGGUUUUUAAUACCAUUGUACGCCUUUGCCUUUAUUAGCACUUUUACUUAUAUCUGGGGCAUCUAUGUGUUCUCAACUGAUGAAUUCUCUGGAAUCCUCCAUAGAAUCAUGUUUCUCUUCAGUUUGUCUCAUUUCGGUGCUCUUGGAGAAGUAGUCGGACAUGAACUUUUGCACAGAAGAGAAACUGUACAUAAAAUCUUUGGAACUUUAGAAUACACCAAAGUGCUCUACAGUCACUUCUUUAUUGAACAUGUCAAGGGCCACCACAAGAAUGUUGCUACUCCUCUCGAUCCAGCUUCUUCCAGCAUUGGAGAAAGCUUGUAUGAAUUUUUACCCAAAACUGUCAUGGGAAGUUAUAGGUCUGUUUGGAAAUAUGAAACCAAGAGACUCAAAAAGGAAACUAACAUCCUUAUCUGGUUCUUUAAGAACAGAUUAGUUCUCUUCAACAUUGGCCAUGCUGCCAUAGUUUUAGUGGUAACCUACUACUUUGGAUUCCUCGGACUCUUCUUUGUACUCGGAUAUGCCUUCUUCGGUAUCUUUAUGCUUGAAGCAAUCAAUUAUGUUGAGCAUUAUGGACUUAGAAGAGAUAAAGAUGAGAAUGGUAUUUAUGAGCCCGUAAAUAUCAAGCACUCUUGGAAUGCUCCUCAAAGAUACACAAACUACCUCCUUUUUAAGCUCCAGAGGCAUUCAGAUCACCACGCUAAUAGCUACAAACCAUAUCAGAUUCUGGACAGCUUUGCUGACUCACCUUCUCUUAUUGGAGGAUACACUUUGGCGAUCAUUACCUCAUAUGUUCCAUAUGUUUGGUUCAAGGUCUAUUCCCCACUAGCUAAGGCAGCUCAAGAAGAGAAGAAGAUCGACCAGACCGAUUGUGAGAAGGCUAGUUUCAGAUACUACGUGAUAUACUCAGUGCUGCUCACUCUCUUCACGAUAUUUUUCCAAUUCUAAGAUUGUAGACAAUUCUAGAAAAAUUGCUGAGAAAUCGCAACAGAGCAACGUGAUUUCUGAUAGGAAAAUUAAAUCGAUAAUAAACCUU